GGUUCCAAGCCCGAAAGAGCCUCAGCCUAGGCUUGCGUUGGAAUUCCCCAACUUUGACUUGGUCAAAAUUAUCCAAGGAAGUUGGCCUUUCCUUAUUUGACCUCCCCUGUGGACGUGGUCUGCUCUUGACCAUAGCAACCAUGUACAGAUGUGGCCUCACUCCUGCAGACGCUCGGGGAUUUGGUUUCGGACGAGCGGCGAGUGCAUGACUGAGCAACUAAUUUCCCUUCCUCUUGCAACUCAUCAGCCUUCGCCUCUGCAGGCUUCCACCUACGCUUAACAGGGUAGCAAACCGCUGCUAUAGGUUCCAGGGAGCCUCAUCUUGUCUCUAAAGGGAGCAACACGUUGGACCUUUAAUAAUGAUGGCUACGAUGAGGAUUCCUUAGGCAGCAUCUGCGGUGGAGCUAAAAGAUCAGCAAUGAGGUCGCCAGGACUCCGGCAGCACCGGAGAAGCUUCCUCAGGCCCAGGGGUGCACUAGUUCACGAUUUGCCAUCCAUGUAGCUUUUGGCAGCCAUUAAUGGCGGACCUUCUCCUGGGUGCAGUGAAGCUAAGGGAGAAGAGAGGCUGGCAAGGGCGCUACGGCGAGGAGGCCGGUUCUAACCGCCGGAUAUACUCCGACGGAGUUGAGAUACGCGACGCAGGUGGACGGAGGCGGACCUCGUCCACUGGUGCGGCAAGAUUCUGAAAAGGGAAAAAGUGGGUUUCAACGGGCAGUGGUCUCCAGCUGAUGUUGCACGUUGCAGCGCAGACGGUUCCAGGGAUUCCUGGCGGCUCCAGCAGCUUCACUCUAGAUGUGGGAACUCCCAGAUCCCACCUUUCCCAGAUUCUUCCUACUCUCUGUCUUGCUCCGAAACCCAGAUCUUCCAGAAUCCAUUUUUUUGUUGUUUUCACUGAAAAUCAGUCCAUUUUGUAUGAAUUUUUUGUAGAACAUCAAGAACACAUGAAUCUUUUUGAACUGAUUCCCACAGACGGCGCCAGUGUUGAGUUUAAUUUGCCGCAGCCCGGAAGUUCAACACCCCUUCCGGGAGGGU